CAAUAAAAUGUAGACAACGUAUAGUGUUCGAUAACAUACAUGUAUAAACAAGGUGAACGAAUUUUGAAAUAGUUUUAAAUUAACUUGUGAACACGAUAAUUUAACGGAAAUAGGAAUCACAAUAUCUGAUUUUCUGAUAAGCAUUACAUAACCAUGAGUUAUAGUACGAAUCAAGUUGCUCCCACACAGCCAGUUGUAAACACGCAACCCGGCCAACCAGGAGUGUACACCCAGCCGUAUGGUGGGCAGCCCGGACAACAGUAUGUUGGUCAACCCGGACAACAGUUUGCCGGUCAGCCCGGACAAAAUGUUAUGCUUGGCGGUAUGGGAAUGGGCAAUGCUGUACAACCACCUCCUCAGGUAUGGAUGCCGAAGCCGCCAUCUGGACCACCUGGCUGUCCCCCGGGGCUCGACUAUCUAACUCAGGUUGACCAAAUACUGAUCAAACAACAAAUAGAAAUGAUGGAAUUAUUUACCAACUGGGAAGCAAAAAAUAAAUACAGACUCCUCAAUUCUAUGGGACAGCAAGUAUACUUCGCUAAAGAAGAGUCGGAAACUUGUAUGAGACAGUGCUGUCGAGAAAAUAGAUCCUUCACCAUGCAUGUAACAGACAACCUGGGAAACGAAGUGAUAAGACUCGAACGCGAGUUCCGCUGCUGGAGGGAUUCGAACUGGUGUGCUUGUUGCAGUUGCUGUGCCCACCGUAUCGUCGUCGAGGCUCCAGUGGGCACAGUCGUCGGAUAUGUCAAACAGAGACCAAGUUUCAUGGCCCCAAAGUAUGUGAUAAUGGACGAGAAUGAAAAAGAUAUACUCUACAUAGAGGGACCAUGCUGUGUCUGCCAGGGUUGUCCUUGCGACGUCAAUUUUACAAUACAUUCGGCGACUGACGGUGAGACGGAGGUCGGUAAGAUUCAGAAACAAUGGGGAAACCUCCUACAGGAAAUGUUUACGUCGGCGGAUAAUUUUGGUGUUACGUUUCCUAUGGAUUUAGAUGUAAAGAUGAAAGCGGUUAUGAUUGGAGCAACCUUUCUCAUUGAUUUUAUGUACUUCGAGGGUGCACAGAACAGACACCAUUAUUAAUCAUUCUGAUGCUGGCCAUAUACAGUAGUCACCGUAACGGUGCACAAAUGGCAUGUUACGGAAACGACAAACGUUACUGAAAGGAAUUAAAAAUUAGUGUCAUUUCAGUAUACUCUUGUGAUAAAGUUAAGUGUAAAUCUAUAUGUAGUCUAAAAUGAAUUCAUGAGCUAUUCAAUGUAAAACAUAGUGUUCUUGUUUGCAACAGGGACAGUUUGGUGAGUCGCUUUAUAUUGUUAUUAACGACAGGGAUUCCAUUCAUGAAUACAAUGUUGUUGCUGCAUCAUAAACACCAAUUUGGUAUUAAUGAUUUUUUUAAAAUGACAACUAGGAUAUUUAAGUGUUAAACUGUUAUAGUGAAAUGUCUUGGUGCAAUGGACAUAAGCGUCCACGGCGUUCGUCCUCAAGUUCUGCGACUCUCUCCUAAAAAUUACCAUGAGGCCUAAAAAUGUUUGUUUCCGGUAUCCCGACCUUACCUAGACAUUUUCCGCGACCCUAAAUGUUUUUAUGGCUUGGAAAAAAAUCGAUAUUUUCGCUUUUAUUUUAUACGUUUCGCUUUGUGUUGCCCUUUCUUCAUUGUAACAUAAAUUCUAAAAAAAUCCUACUUACCUAUCCUAUUUUUUGGGACAUAUUACCGAAAACAAACAUUUUUAGGCCUGUUCACAAAAUGCAAAUUGAUGACUGUAUUUGAAGAAAAUUCUGAAUGUCACAAUUUGUGUAUAUCAUAAUUAACACUUAAUGGAAUAACGACUAAUGGUUUCGACUGCGUAAUUUGACCAGUAUUAGAACUACAAGCAUUCAAGUUAAAAUCAGUAAACGGGUAUUUCAACUAUUUAUUCAUAUGAUAUAUAUUUUAAAUUUUUUACUUGAUUACAAAAGAUAUCUCCUGUUACAUCCUACAUUUCAUUAUGUGACAAAAAUUCUUACUUUUGACGCAAACUUCGGUGCCAUUUUAGCAUAGCAGGAACGGAUUGAACUUAUAUUAUAGAAAAUUCAAUACAACUGUUGAACAGUUUAUGAUGUAUAUAGAUAAACAUGAGCCACACUAUGAGAAAACCAACAUAGUGCGUUUGCGACCAGCAUGGAUGCAGACCAGCCUGCGCAGUCUGGCCAGGAUCCAUGCUGUUCGCUUUCAAAGCCUAUUGCAAUUAGAGGAUCCAUGCUGGUCGCAAACGCACUAUGUUGGUUUUUCUAAUGGUGCGGCUCAACAUCUUGUGUAUGCUUAGAACAUAAUAUUUUAUUCCCAUACUAUAAGUAGACAUAGUACAACAUUUUUGAAUUCUUAAAUAGAUUUGAUACUAUGA